ACAAAAUUUACUAACGUCAUGAAAAUGGACAACAACAAGCAUACAAUAGAAGUCAUUGAAUCAGGUACAACACAUAGAGCAUCAUCACCAUCUAAACCAGCGGAUGAUCCAAUUGAGCCUCUACCUUCUGACUCUGCUCAAUUAACACCUUCUGAGAAAACUCGUGUAUCAAGAAAAGAUUCGCUUAGUCAGGAAAAAAGGAAGUGGGAUGAAUCAUUUACUGUUGCUGAAAAGAAGGAGCUGGAAGGAAACAUUGUGAAAGCAGCAAAGGACAACGAUGGUGAGACCUAUGUCACUCUGCAAAAAGAAGAGUUUACUGUAAGCAGCCUAAAUGACGAGGAGGAAGACUAUAGUCAAGAGAGUGAUUCAUCAGUAAACAAGAAACCUGGAAGAAAGCCAAUGCCUGAUGAAGAGCUAUCUGAUUCAGAACAAGAUCCAAAGAUAAAAAGGAAAGCUCAGAACAGAGCUGCUCAGAGAGCGUUCAGGGAAAGAAAAGAGCGUUAUGUAAAAGAACUUGAAGCAAAGUUAAAACAGGUUCAGGAUACACACUUGGUUGCUACUGCUCAGCUGAUAAGAGAGAAUCAUCAAUUAAGAUCAGUCAUUUAUAGAUUAGAAGCCGAAAACCACGCACUCAAGGGUACCCAAAUUCCCUAUCCUUCACCUCUAUCAGCUAUCCCACACUCUAUUGGGCUCUCACCGUCGUCCCCAGCUUCCUUUCAACAACAUCAUCAACGCCAUCACAGCACAGGUAGCAGUACCCAGCCUUACCCGAGCAUCGCCCCAUUACUACCAAGCUCUGUCGUAUCUGCACCACAUACACCUUUUCUCUUACCAGCCUAUUUAUCUCCAGACUCUCCUUUAGCAUCCUCUCCAGUUGUGAAUAACGCCAUGUUACUCGCCUCUGCGCCACUUCAUCAGUAUCCACUGUCUCCUGUUAUAGCAAACACAGGACAAAACAUUUUGCCUCAACCAGCACCAACGUCCCAGACGAAGUCACACUCUCCGAAGAAAUCAACAAGACAAAAGCUGUCAUCGCCUCCUCCAAACAACCAACCACUCGAGUACACUUUCUCGAUCAGUACGCCGGCUUCUUUACGCCCAAGCAAUGGACCAAAACAGGUAAACAAGGUAGAAGCAAUCGAACCUGUCCAAUUAUACCCACCCGACAACCUUCCACCUUCAGCUAAACAUGAGACGUCGAGAAGAACUGAGCUAUCACCUUCGCCUAUUGUCAAAAAGGCAAAUAGCGUCAUUAGUGUCGGCAGUCAGAGCUCGUCUAGUACAGGCAUAGCAUUUACACCCAACUAUGCUGGAGCAGCGGACGAUGAUAGUAUAUUUAGCGAUGAUAAAUCAACGUCCACAUCCAACACACAGCGUAGAAACAUGCGUCAACUUGAACUUGACAUGCUAGGUUGUCACAUCGAUGUCGAAGGGCAAGCCUUUUGCAAACGAUUAUGCGAUGAAGUCUGUAAUGAUGCAUUCGACCGUCUAUUGAGCGAGCCAUUGUUUGAUCAAAUGGGGAAAUUGAAUCUUUCAAUCAGUAACUAUCCAGUACCAUUUGUCACGGAUCCUAUACCAAAUGAUGAAGAAGGAAAAGAGCCAGCACAAAGAUCAAGGGAUAAGGAAAUAAUUGAAAGGAUUAAAGAUAAUACAAGACUGUAUACUGCACCUGAAAUUUGGUCAAAGCUCACACAGCAUGCUCGAUUUCAAGAAUUCACAACAGAUCAGCUUUAUCAGGCUGUCAAGGAUGUUGCAAAAUGCUCAGAGAUUGGGCCUGUGCUAAAGGAAAAUGAUAUACAACAAGUCAUGUCUAAAAUGGACCAAGGCAACCUUUAAUUUAUUUAUUCAUUUAACAUUGUAAUAAGCUUUCUUUUAUUUUACGCUUUUUCUGGCGUAAACCCAUUUUAUUUAUU